UGCUCGCCAAACACAUCGCCCACCUCUUCAUCAGAGACCCGAUUGUCGUCUAUCGCGAGAAACUCGAGCAGAACGACGAGAUGGAAACGGAUCACUUCGAAAACAUUCAGUCAACCAAUUGGCAAACCAUGCGAUUCAAACCCCCGCCGCCGCAGUCCUCAAUCGGCUGGAGAGUGGAGUUCCGACCGAUGGAGUGCCAGAUGACUGAGUUCGAGAACGCGGCUUACGUUGUGUUUGUGGUUCUUCUCACACGAGUCAUCCUCUCCUUCAAACUCAACCUAUUGCUACCCAUUUCCAAGGUCGACGAGAAUAUGAUUGAGGCCCAGAAGAGAGACGCCGUCAUGAGGUGUAAGUUCUGGUUCCGCAAAGACAUCAUUUCGCUGACCAGUCCACCAGAAGCG